AUGGCCAAAGCAAAGAAGGGCAAGAGCGACGAGAAGGCGGCAAAGGCAGCCGCAAAGAAAGCCAAGCAGGCCAACAAGGGUGAAAAGAAGGCCAAGACCAAGGCCGCGAAACUUGAGGGUAGCGACGCUGAGGAUGUCGAUCUUGAGCAAGUGCUCGAGGAGUACAGAAGACAGCAGGAGCAGUUCCUCAAGAUCACCGAAACCGUGGCUGAGGGACCUCCGAAGCCCCGUUCUGCAUCUACAAUCCUCGCUUCUCCGUGCGACCGCAACAACCUGCUGCUUUUCGGCGGCGAGUAUUUCAACGGUGCCCUGGCUCAGUUCUUCAACGACCUGCACAUCUACUACAUUGACCGCGAUGAGUGGAGGACCGUAACGUCGCCCAACGCACCUCUUCCUCGCUCUGGCCAUGCGUGGACUCGGGCGUCCAACCCGAACCAUGUUUACCUGUUUGGCGGAGAGUUCUCCUCGCCGAAGCAGGGCACUUUCCACCACUACUCUGACUUUUGGCGCUUGGAGCCUGCCACGAGAGAAUGGACAAAGAUCGAGUGUAAGGGCAAGACACCUCCGGCGAGAAGUGGUCAUCGCAUGACGUACUGGAAGCAGUAUAUCAUUUUGUUUGGCGGCUUCCAAGACACGUCAAACCAGACCAAGUAUCUGGCCGACUUGUGGAUCUUUGAUACCCAGAACUUCUCGUGGUUCAGCCCGGUUCUGCCCCCAGCUCAGCUUAAGCCUGACCCGAGAUCGUCCUUUACACUUCUCCCUCAUGAAGGAGGAGCUGUUCUUUACGGAGGUUACUCUAGAGUCAAGGCUACCGUGGCAGCGAACAAGCAGGCCAAGGGAUCUGCACAGGGGCAGAGAAACAUCUUGAAGCCCAUGGUGCACGAUGACUGCUUCUUCCUGAGAAUGUCUCCGCCUGCUGAAGGCGCCCCUGCGAAUGCACCUCCCGUGGUCCGAUGGGAACGUCGCAAGAAGCCAGCCAAUGCCCCUAACCCCAAGCGCGCAGGUGCCACCAUGACUUGGCACAAGGGCCGUGGUAUCAUGUUUGGUGGUGUGCACGACGUUGAGCAGAGCGAAGAAGGCAUGGACAGCGAGUUCUUCAGGGAGCUGUUUGCGUGGAACAUUGAGCGGAACCGCUUUUUCCCGCUGACUCUCCGCAAGGCCCGUCAGCAGAAGAAGGCAGCUCCCGCCGAGCAGCGCGGUGGACGUCGUAACAGAGCUCAGGAUCGCGAGGAAGAGCUUCUUCGGCAACUAGCUGCUUUGGAAACGGGCAAGUCGCUGGAGGACGCCGAGGAUAUGGAGCUUGACAAGAAGGAAGAGCCAGAAGAGGACGUGAAGCCUGUGAGGGAGAUGCCCAUGACUAUGGAGUUGCCUCAUAUGCGAUUCAACGCGCAAUUGGCCGUGCAAGAUGACGUGCUUUACAUUUACGGCGGCACCUUUGAGCAGAAGGACCGCGAGUUCACCUUCGACGACCUCUACGCGGUGGAUCUCGGAAAGAUGGAUGGUUGCAAAGAAAUCUUCAACAGACCUGUUGAGGACUGGAUCGAUUCUGAGGACGAGGACGAUGAAGACGAUGACGAUGACGAGGAUGACGAAGACGACGAGGAGGAUGAGGAUGUCGAGAUGGAGGAAGAGGAGAAGCCUCGGAUGCACACCGAGAGCAAGCGCAAGAAGAAGGUUGACGAGUCGUCCGUUGCCGGCUCCGAGACGACUGCGGCUACGUCUACGACUGAGGAUGACGACACGGAGACCACAGAGACGGUGGAUGACGGUCUUCCCCACCCGAGACCGUUCGAGUCGAGACGCGACUUCUUCGUUCGCACCACAGCCGAGUGGCAGGAGAUCCUUAUGACCAACCUGCGCUGGAAGAACAUCCAGCCGGAAACGCUCACCAUCAAGGAAAUCAAAGCAAAGGCCUUCGAGCUCAGCGAAGAGAAGUGGUGGGAUUGCAGAGAGGAGAUCACAGCGUUGGAAGAGGAGCAGGAGGCUGCUGGUAUCCAAGAGGUUGUAUCUCUUGCCGAAAGAGGCGAUGCGGCGGCUGGUGGUGCGAGAAGACGAUGA